GCAUGGUCGCCCUUCCCCGCACAAACCCAGCAGGCACAUCGCACUGGACGUCACUACGCCGAGUCGGGUCAGGUCCCGAAGCUUGCCUGUGUGUAGCUCAACUGCGAAGCUCCUACAGCAACUUGAAACUCGGGAGGCGUGCGUGUUCUCUUUUUUUCUUUCGACAUUGCAGCUCUUGGGCAUUAAAAAGUCAGUCCUUCCCAAGGCUUGAGCCAUGAUUUUAUUUUCUUGCGAAAUCUUUUAAUUGUUUCUUCCACUGCUGGUUACAUUUUGGUUUGUUGGUUGGUUGACUGUCAGCACAAAGUUAAUAAUCCGCGCCUUGCAAGAUUGACCCAGCAUUUCGGUCACAAUGGGUCCAACUAAGUUCCUGUUCCUUUUGCCGUUACUCGCCCACUUAGCCGAGGCGAAUGCGGGCGACUCCGCGCAGGUACCACUUCACGGUUUCGAACACGCCGCUUGUCCAGACUACGCAAGCUAUUCAAAGUAUAAACACCCACCGUUCAGCGAUGGACCCCUCAAAUUACCUUACCAGCGGCCCGAUCCGCGCUGCCGGACCUUCAACAACGAUGCGAUCGAGAAGGUCAUCAAGGAUGUCACCUCUCGGAUGAAGGACCCCGACAUGGCGCGCCUGUUUGAGAACGCGUUCCCCUCGACGACGGACACAACGGUCAAGUUCCACACCGACGGCAAGACCAAACAUAGGAGCAAGCCCCACGACGAAGACGACGACUUCUUCGGCUUCGGCACCGACAGCAAAGGCGCUUGGGAGGGCCCUCAGUCUUUUAUAAUAACCGGCGACAUCAUCGCCGAAUGGCUGCGCGACAGCACGAACCAGCUGGCGCCGUACCAACCCCUCGCCCAAAAGAACCAGGCUGUCCGCACCCUUAUCCUGGGCGCCAUAAACACCCAGGCCGAGUACAUCAUCCAGAGUCCGUACUGCAACGCCUUCCAGCCGCCGCCCAUCGCCAAUCUCCCCAUAAGCCACAACGGGCAGGAUGAUACGGUGCACCCCAACUACGACCCGAACUUUGUCUUUGAGUGCAAGUAUGAGCUCGAUAGCCUAGCCCACUUCCUGGCCAUUGGAAACGACUUCUUUGAGGAGACUGGGUCCACAGAGUUUGUCAACUCGCGCUGGCUGCUUGCCCUCGACACCCUCCUCAUCGUGCUCGAGCAGCAGGCGAUGCCGACCUUCAACUCCAAGACUGGCAGCUUCAGACUCAACCAGUACACGUUUCAGCGGAGGACCACCCUCGGCACCGAGACGCUCAACCUACAGGGCGUGGGCAACCCGCUCGGGAACGGUACUGGGCUCGUGCGGUCCGCUUUCCGGCCGAGCGACGACGCCAGCAUUCUCGGCUUCUUCAUCCCGGCCAACGCCAUGAUGGCCGUGGAGCUCGGGCGAGCAGCCAAGGCUCUAAAGGCUGCUGACAUGGCCGACGACACCCUCACCGCGACGGUCGAGAGGUGGAGCAAGACCAUCACCGAGGCCGUCUGGGAGCACGGCGUCGUCAAGCACAAGACCCACGGUGAUGUGUUUGCGUACGAGGUGGACGGCUACGGCUCGGCGAUUUUGAUGGAUGACGCCAACUAUCCGUCGCUGCUGGCGCUACCUGUUAUGGGGUUCGUUUCAAAGGAGGACAAGAUAUAUCAGAACACGCGCAAGAUGCUACUUUCGAAGCAGUCCAACCCUUACUACCUCGAAGGCAGGGAUUUCAGGGGUAUCGGAGGUCCGCAUAUUGGCCUCCAGAACGCCUGGCCUAUGAGUCUCUUGAUGCAAGCUCAGACUACGGACGAUGAUGAAGAAAUCCAAGGAUGUCUGCAGCUUGUUCUCAAGUCUGCUCUUCUCGGCCUUGUGCAUGAGAGUGUUGAUGUUAAUCAAAUCACUUCCUACACAAGGAGCUGGUUCGCCUGGGCAAAUGGGGUAUUUGCUGCCACCAUUCUAGACCUUGCCAAGAGGAAACCAUAUCUGAUUUUCAAGGACAGCGAGCCCUAUGUGAUUUAAGUUGCGGGCGUUUAUGCCAAUAGAUUUAGAAUCAAAACAUACAUGUUUAUUACGCAGGCACUUGCCAGCCUGAGGGGUUGAGUAUACCAAAUCAUUGCACCGAGGGGAUCGGAUCGCCCAGCUUUCCAUCCAGGUGCCUAGUUCUAGAAUGAUAGAUCUAUUAUUCCCUCUUAUCAGACGGGUGCGAACAGCUACCUACCCA